AAUAAAAAGAGGGGUUUCAGCAAAUAAUAAAAAAGAAUCACAAAACCCCAAUGCACCAUCACAACUCCGACUCAAAAACCCCAAAGGAAAUAACUUGAUCUCCAAUGGCGGCCGUAACAACACGUCGAAAGCUGCUUCCUGAUGAUAAAGUUGAGGUGAGGAGUCUCGAAGAUGGGUUGCUCGGUUCAUGGCACGCCGGCACAGUAAUCACCUGUCAAGAUUCGAUUCGUUUAAUUCGUUACGAUCACUUUCUCAGCGAAGACGGCUCUUACAAUCUGACCGAAGAGGUAAAAGUGGGCCCCACAAUUGAUGGAAUUGCCCCCACUGGCCCACCACAGAAUCACCGUGGCUUAAUAAGGCCUCUGCAGCCUUCCCCUGUUCCUGGUCCAUGGUUCCUACACUACGGUCAAUGCGUUGACUUAUUCUACGAGGAGGCUUGGUGGGAAGGUGUGGUAAUCGACCACGAAGAUGGAUGUGAGUAUCGGAGAAUAUUCUUUCCCGACAUGGGCGAUGAAAUGGAAGGGAGAAUUGAUAAUUUGAGGCUGAGUAAAGAUUGGGAUGAGUUUACCGGAGAAUGGAAGAUUCGUGGGAAUUGGGUUUUUCUCGAAUUGAUUGAGGAAGUCGAACAAGAAUGGCCUUUGCCCGUUUCUGUUAAGCAGAUUUGGUACGAAGUGAGGAUGAAGAACGAAUUUGAAAAGCUAAGGGAGUGGACUUGUUCUGGUGCUCGUGUUUGGAGGGAGUUGGUUUCGCAGGUUUUGAUCGAUAAUUUAAAGAUAACCGUUAAGCAGAUCUUUGUCGAAUUGAAUUCAUCUUGGAAUUCGGGACAAUCUUUGGUGGAAUUUAAUGAAUCGGCUUUCGACUUUGUUAUGAAAAAUGAGGGACUUUUUAGUAAAUCUCUUGCAAUGGUGCCCGUUGAAGCUGCUGCCCCAACUGAGUUGAAUGAUCAAAGUCACGUUGAGGUCCAAGAAAAGAACAAACAAACUCGAGCUAUUCUAUCCCAUAAUCAUGAUCGAGAUUCUAAUGAUUACGCUGAAGCUCCUGUUUCGAGUUUUGAAUUCCCACAAGCGAAGAAAAAUAGACUAGUGUGGCAGUCAGUUGUACCUAAAUUGAUUUCUGGUGCGGAGUUUUGUCCAAACUCCAUUGAUGAAUAUAACCAGCAGUUUAUAUUGAUGAAAAGGCCCUCACCUACAGUAAUUAUGAGUGUUCGUAAACAUCUGUUGCAUUUGGGCUGGAAACUGGAGUUCACAGUCGAUAAGGGGGUACUUAGAUUUCGUUACCUUUCUCCCAAUGGGGAAUGUUUUUAUUCCAUUCGUCAGAUUUGUUUGAAGCUUGACCAGUCAAAUCACGAGUUGGAAAUUCCAGUGACUUAUACUAAAGAAAUCAUUACGCCUCCAUUUGCUGAAAAGCCGAAAGCUUCGAGUGAGCUGGCCAAGUUGGACACAGAUGAUUGGGUCGUCGUUGAACCUGAGUAUUGCCCUGAAGCGGUGAGUGAUUAUUAUUUAUAUGGCGUAACUAAGAAAAAAUUAGGAUCCCAAAAUAAGGAGGGGAAAACAAAAUCAUUGAAAGCGAAGAAGCACUUGUCUGCUACUGGCUGGUCUUUUUAUUACAAAGUCAAAGGAUCCGGUAGGGAAUUGCGGUACCUCUCACCAACUGGAAUGUUAUUUUACUCCCUUCUUUCAGUCUGCAAAUGGUGUGUACAAAAUCCAAAUCAUUUAACGGAUUUCGAGAAUCAGUCUCAUCUUCCAUUGCUUGCUGUGGAAUCGUCAUCCGUAAAUUUACCUCCACCAAAUGAAAAAUUCAAGAAUCUAUCAAAUGAGUCAAAGGGACCAGCUCAAUCGACUGAAGGUGAAAUUUACAAAACAAGAAUUUCGAGGAAGAAGAGAAAGCACGAUAAAUUACGUUGUAGUGAAGAUAUUGAAGAUUCAUCAUUGGCCAAGAGUGGAAGGAAAAAAAAAUCCCGUUUAUCGAAUAAAGUAAGAGAAGAUAAUAUGGACGAUGAUUCUUCAACCCAUGAGAGGCGAUCGAGUAAAAGGGUUCGUGACAUGAUAAAUUCUUCCACUCAGCAAACUCCUCGGACAAUCUUGUCUUGGUUGAUCGACAAUAAUGUGGUUUUGCCUAGAGCAAAAGUUCACUAUCGAGCUCGAAGCGGUCUCCCAAUGGCAGAAGGAAGAAUAUCACGUGAAGGGAUUAAAUGUUCUUGCUGUGGAGAAAUCUUUACGCUUUGUAAAUUCGAAGCACAUGCUGGCAGCAAAAAUCACAGGCCGUGUGCGAAUAUUUUUCUUAAUGAUGGCAGGUCUUUGCUCGAGUGCCAGCUGGAAUUGAGACAGCAUAAGAGCAACAAAUGUUCGAAUUCACGAUCGAGCAAAAAAACGAAGGGAGGCGAAAGUGGUAAUAGAAACGAUUACAUUUGUUCUGUGUGUCACUUUGGAGGUGAAUUAGUUCUGUGCGACCGAUGUCCCUCUUCGUUCCAUAUCCAGUGCCUUGGUUUAAAGGAAAUCCCAUCUGGCGAUUGGUUUUGCCCGUCGUGCUGUUGUAAAAUUUGUGGGCAGAGCGGAUUUGGUGAAGAAAACGAACAAGCCAAAGAUUCUUCUUCUGCAGUUGUUUGUGGUCAGUGUGAGCAUCGAUAUCAUGCGGAGUGCCUCAGAAAUAAAGGAGUAUUAAAUUGUGAUCCCGAAGGGUAUUGGUUUUGCCAAGAUAGUUGUCAACAGAUAUUUAGUGGUCUGCAUAACAUUCUUGGAAAAUCAUUUCCUCUGGGGGCUGAUGACUUGUCUUGGACUUUAGUGAAAUAUAAAAAAUCGGAGUCGCAUGAUCAUAAUAAUACGUCUGAUAACGAGGGUUUAGUGGAGAAUUACAGCAAGCUUAAUGUUGCUCUGAGUGUGAUGCAUGAAUGUUUCGAACCUGUCAAAGAACCUGGCACUGGGAGGGAUCUGGUCGAAGAUGUUAUUUUUAAUAGAUGGUCAGAGCUAAACCGGUUGAACUUCCAAGGGUUUUAUACAGUACUAUUGGAGAAGAACGAAGAACUGAUAUCAGCUGCAACAGUGAGGAUUUACGGCAAAACAGUAGCAGAAGUCCCUCUUGUUGCUACACGGUUUCAAUAUCGUCGACUUGGCAUGUGUCGGAUUUUGAUGAAUGAACUUGAGAAGAAACUGGCGGAAUUGGGAGUAGAGAGGCUUGUUUUGCCAGCUGUGCCUACUGUACUUCACACUUGGACAACUGCAUUUGGCUUCUCGGUUGUGAAUGAAUCUGAGAGAUUAAAAUUUCUCGACUAUACCUUCCUCGAUUUCCAGGGCACAGUUCUUUGCCAGAAAAGCUUAACUAGUAAUCCUUCUUUCUCUCCGUCAAGCCCAUUCACAGAAAAACAGGCGAAAAGUUCCGAACUUGUGAAGGAAAAUGCCAAUAUGGAGGUGGAUGGAAACAGUGCAGUUUCUGAAGUCGUUCAAAUCGGACAAGCAGAGGACACUAUCAACAUUGUAGAUGAAUUAUCUUCUAUUACAUGCACUGCAACAGUUGCGGAAAAUGAAAACGGCAACUGCUCAUCUCAAUUGGCUAUUGAGGUACUUGAUAUCGGCCAAACCAUUUGAAUUAGAUAUAUCGAUCUUAUAAAAUGUAAGCAUAUUUUUCGGAAAUUUUUAUGGUGAAUU